AUGGUUGUGAUUGGUGUAGAGCGCCCCCCGAUGUCCAGCUUUCAGUCUGGUUCAGGCUACUCUUCCACCCGUAAUUCAUCGCUCGGGCUUUUACCUGCGGGCUGGCUUCGGUCGGCACUUGCUCAGCUGGCCAUGUCACCUCGGCCCGCCUCCCGCCUGCAGGUGGACUGGCUUCACAUCUUCCAGACAUGGAGCGGCCCCGAGAGGCUGUUGGCUCUGGACGAGUUGAUCGACAGGUGUGAGACGAGUCAGGUGAAGCACAUGAUGCAGGUCAUCGAGCCCCAGUUCCAGAGAGACUUCAUAUCCCUGCUGCCCAAAGAGUUAGCGCUGUACGUGCUGACGUUCCUGGCUCCCAGAGACCUGCUGCAGGCCGCUCAGACCUGCCGGUACUGGAGGAUCCUGGCCGAAGACAACCUGCUGUGGAGGGAGAAGUGCCGCGAGGAAGGUGUGUCAGAGUACGCGUUGGCGCGUCGCAGGAAGUGCGAGCGUCCGGGCGUGGCGGUCAGUCCGUGGAAGUCGGCCUACAUCAGACAACACCGCAUCGAGAACAACUGGAGGAAGGGGGACACGGCAGAGCCCAUGGUACGUACAGCAGCCGCACUGACUCCCCCGCUGGCGUCCGACAUCAAGGCAUUAAGCAAUCUGUGUACGAGCCUGACACACGGUGACCUCGUCGUCAGCGGCUCCGACGACAACACGCUCAAAGUCUGGUCCGCAGUCUCCGGCAAGGUGCGUCUGGGCCACGACUACAUGGUGAAGGUGUGGGACCCCGAGACGGAGGUGUGUCUGCACACGCUGCAGGGACACACCAACAGAGUGUACUCGCUGCAGUUUGACGGUGUGUUCGUGGUGAGCGGCUCGUUGGACACUUCGAUCAGAGUCUGGGAUGCAGAGACAGGUGGGUGUGUGCACACGCUGACAGGCCACCAAUCACUGACCAGCGGCAUGGAGCUGCGAGACAACAUCCUGGUGUCCGGGAACGCAGACUCCACGGUCCGAGUGUGGGACGUCCGCACGGGACAGUGUCUCCACACAUUGCAAGGGCCCAACAAGCACCAGUCGGCGGUGACCUGCCUGCAGUUCUGCCGAGGUCUGGUUCUGUCCAGCUCCGACGACGGGACGGUCAAACUGUGGGACCUGAGGACAGGAGCCUGGCUGAGAGACGUGGUGGCGCUGCAGAGCCGGGGAUCAGGUGGCGUCGUGUGGCGAAUCAGAGCGUCCGACACUCGGCUGGUGUGCGCCGCCGGCAGCAGGAACGGGACGGAGGAAACCAAACUGCUGGUGCUGGACUUCGACCUCGACGACAGGAAGACAGAGACCGAGACCGAGACAGAGACUGAGUGAGGGAGGGAGG